UACGAACGAUUUAAUAUAGUCGGAACGCAACUCAUAAACAGGAAGUGAAGAAAAAGGUGAAAAUCAGAAAAUGGCACACAACUACCGGGACUACGACCCACUAGAUGAUUACGCUAUUAGAGCAAAUUCAUUUCAGUCUACCUCUGUGAAUUAUGGAGAAAACCAUCCUAGUUCAUCACCACCAAACUCAGCAAAAGAAGAGCAGGCCUCUUCCUGCACAUCAUCACCAGUCAGAAAUGAAAACAGAAAUAACCAAAUGAUGAACAACAGUAUGGUGCUACAAGAAGGUAAACUUGUCACCCACCAGAUGACCUACAAUGAUACUGGACAGAGGAUGCAAGCGUAUGGAGAACCCAGUCCAAGGCUCCCAGACUCGGCUUCACUGCCCAUGUCUCCUAGUCACCGAAAAUCUCUUACAUCACCCCAUCAUUCUGAAACAGAGGAUAUUAUGGUUUUUGUUGAGCCGCCCAGUAAAAGUCUCUUCUGUAAAAUGUGUAACAGUGUUUACAAGGAUCCAGUGAUGGUGACUUGUGGGCACUCCUAUUGCAGAAGAUGUGUCACACAACAGAGUGAAGGUGUUUGUCCAAUAGACAAUCAGACAAUAGCUGUUGUGGUGGCUAACAUUGCAGUGUCAGAACAGAUCGGAGAGAUGUUCAUCUACUGUCGCCAUGGAUGUCGCCUCUCAGAGGAUGGUCAGUCCUAUGAGGUGGAUCCCACAAGAUGCCAGGCCACUGUCAAAGUCUCUUGCAGAGUAGAGCAUGAAGACACCUGUGAUUAUAUGAUGGUGGAGUGUCCAAACCACACAGGCUGCCCACAGUUGUUAAGAAAGGACCUGGAGGACCACAUUAAAACGUGUAGUAAUGUCCGAUGUCCUCAUCACAAACACAGUUGUGAGUUUACUGGAACGCAAGAUGAACUUCAGGAUCAUCUGAAGGUUUGUAAGUAUGAAGGGGUGAAGGACUUUCUGGGUCACAUGGAGGAGAAGAUCGGGGAACUCCAGGAAUCCCUGGAGGAGAAGGAUCAGGAAAUCAACUUCCUACGCUCCAUGUUAGGGAAACUGUCAGAGAGACUGGAGAACCUAGAGAAAAGUGCUGAAAUGAAACUAGAACUUAUUGAACGCACUCAAAAUAAUUUACUUAGUGAGGUUGUGGAGAAUCGCAAGGAGCGAGCCCUUCUCAUGGAUGAACUAGCCAACAUACAAAAUCAGUUGAAUGGACGCAAUGGAGUGUAUGAUCCUCAGCAAAUGUUCAAAUGCCGUGGGACUUUUGUUGGACAUCAGGGACCUGUUUGGUGCUUAACAGAAUAUGGAGACUUUCUGUUCAGUGGUUCCUCUGACAAAACAAUAAAAGUUUGGGAUACAGGUAACAAUUACAGGUGUAUAAAGACAAUGGAGGGACACACUGGAAUUGUAUUGGCCCUCUGUACCUGGGGCAACAAACUCUACAGUGGGUCACAAGACUGUAGAAUCAGGGUAUGGAAUAUUGAAAACUUUGAGAAAGAGAAUUCAGUAGAAGCUCAUGAAAAUCCUGUGUGUACUUUGACCUCAGCCAAAAACAUGCUGUUCAGUGGGUCCUUAAAAGUGAUCAAGGUUUGGGAUGCCCACACAAUGGAGCUGAAGAAGGAACUGACAGGAAUGAACCACUGGGUCAGGGCUCUGGUAGCCACCCAAAACUACUUAUAUAGUGGCUCCUACCAGACAAUAAAGAUCUGGGAUUUGGACACUUUGGAGGUUGUUCACAAUCUCGAGACGUCAGAGGGUAGUGUUUACAGUUUAGCAGUCACAAAUCACCACAUCCUUUGUGGCACUUACGAAAAUGUCAUCCAUGUAUGGGAGCUGGUCUCUAAGGAGUUAGUGGUGACCCUGAAAGGUCACACAGGAACAGUGUAUAGCAUGGCUGUUCUUCACACAACAUCUGGGACUAAAGUGUUCAGUGCUUCAUAUGACCGAUCACUCAGAGUUUGGAGCAUGGAUAAUAUGAUUUGCACACAGACAUUGUUGAGACACCAGGGCAGUGUAGCUUGCUUAGCUGUUUCUAGAGGAAGGAUUUUCUCUGGUUCUGUGGACAGCACAGUAAAGCUCGAUCAGCAGCCGCGAUCAGACAUACAUGUGGUGGACCUCCGCAGUGACACGGUGACUAAGCCUUCACCAGAAAUGAGGAAUGCCAUGGCAACUGCUGAAGUCGGAGAUGAUGUCAUGGGAGAGGAUCCAACAGUAAAUGCUCUACAGGACAGAAUUGCAAAACUGUUUGACAAGGAGGCAGCAUUGUUUGUUCCUACUGGUACAAUGGGCAAUCUUGUUUCAGUUCUGACUCAUUGUCCCGAGAGAGGAUUGGAAGUUAUUCUGGGUCACAAAAGUCAUAUUUUUGUUCAUGAACAAGGGAAUGUAGCACAGUUUGGAGGUUUGCUGACCUCUGUAGUAGAGAAUAAGGAGGAUGGGACGAUGGAACUGGACAAGAUCAGGGAGAGAAUUAGAAUUAGUGAUGAUCCUCACUUCCCCUACACUAGACUGAUCUGUGUAGAAAACACACAUAAUUACUGUGGCGGAAAAGUUAUACCACUGUCUUACAUGAAAAAGGUGUAUGAAUUAGCUCAGGAAUAUGAAAUGAAGGUCCACCUUGAUGGAGCUAGGUUAAUGCAUGCUGCCACUGCGCUGGGUGUACAGCCAGCUGAGAUCACAAGAUAUGUAGAUUCUGUCAAUAUGUGCUUCUCCAAGGGACUUGGUUGUCCAGUAGGGUCAGUUAUAGCUGGAACAAGUGAUUUUAUCAGGAUGGCAAAGAGGAGAAGAAAGGCCCUGGGAGGGGGUAUGCGUCAGGCAGGGGUACUGGCAGCAGCUGCCAUGUACUCACUGGACCAUGUCCUCCCAAAACUCUCAGAAGAUCACGUCAAGACUCAAAAAAUUACAAAAGCCAUCAUGUCAGCACCACAGACAGUUGUUCAUGUAAACCAAGAAACUGUGGAAACCAACAUAGUAUUCCUAACAGUGACAAAACCUGGUCUCACCGCUACACAGCUGUAUAACAGGCUCCUUCAGGUGACAGAUGAAGAGAGGAGAGAGCUAGGGGAGGGAAUCAUUGUGAAGAUGGUUCCCUACUCGGACACACUACUGAGGUUUGUCCUCCACUGUGAUAUUUCCCCACAGGACGUCCACAAAGCCAUCAGUAAAUUCUCCUAUGUUCUACAAGAGUUAAUAUCAGGGGAUACAGGAAGUACCAGCAAUUUUCCCCAUGUAGAUUUCACUGCCUGGUCACCACAAGCAGGGUCUGGUCUUGACUUUUUGUGUCUUGUCCCUUUCUCAUCGACUUACAAGCCCACCUACAGACAGACAGACACACCAGGGAAGGUAAAAGUCAGUGUAACACACAGGCAGCAGAGACAGAAAAAAUUCAAAUGUAGCAGCACUGUUGGAAACUAUAUUGCAGAUGAAAGAAGGCUACAGAAUGCUGCUAAUCAGAAUGACCUUAAUGCAGUGGUUGAAUUACUGGAUGAUGGAGUAGAUCCGUGUUGUGCAGACAAUAAACAAAGAACUCCUCUCCAUUUUGCCUCAUCUCAGGGAUAUGAAAAAGUUGUAAAAGCCUUGCUGGACAAGGGUGCAGAUCCAAAUCAGAAAGACAUUCUUGGGAAUACACCUCUACACCUAGCUGCCUGCACGGGUCAAGUCCCUGUGGUUACUCUUUUGCUGAAAGCAGGAACAAAUCUGAAGUCUGUGGAUAGACAUGGCAGAACUCCAUUAAGUGUGGCAAAAUCACGCCUCCGAUUCCUUAGUGAAGAAAGAGAGUAUUCCUCACAGAGGGUUAAGGAUGAAACUCUAGAGAUUGGAGAAAUGAUGAGAGCAUAUUUAAACAUUUCUGGACUGCACCAAGAAGCAGAGCAGAUUGACCAGCUAUGUCAUCAGUUACAAGGCGUGUCGACCCGAGAGGAGGUUGAUCACCUUAACUCUCUCUUCACAGACUUUGCAAGUCUCAAUAUUGAAAAAUCUCAAAACAGGACAUAGCUGUGUGUUUAACAUGUCAUCUUAACAUUGAAGGGUUUCACUGAGCACAAUCUUAUCAUGUGGGAAUUGCUGUCUAUUUGUUUGACUUCAUGUAUGUAUUUAGACAUUUUGGUUAUACAUGAAUUUGUAUAAUAGGUUAUCAUGAACAAAUGGUUUGCCAGUACACAAUUUUCAUUGAGAAACAUUUUGCAAUGGAUAUUCAUUGAUAAAUAAUGAUUCAAGUCAUUUGACAUUCCGCAGAAUUAUGAUUCAAAGCAGCUGAUAAUGUAUGUUGUAUUUUACUAAAAAAAAAAGAUGUGUGUGAAAAAUAGAAAGGUACAUGUAGAUAUUAUGCUGCUGGCAGAGAAACUGUAUAUUGAGCGUUAUCAUAUAUUUAUACAUAAAUUGAAAUGUAUCUGUAUCAUUAAUUCAAAAACAAAAGUAUAGUUUUGUUGUUGUCAGAGUGCAAGUUUUUUUUUUCUCCCAUAGAUAAAAUAGAAAGAUGCAGUAUGUUCAGAUAAUUAUAGAAUAUUUU